UCUAUAAAACAAAGGCGCCAUGUUCUUCUCUUAAUAUUGGGCUUGGACCUUGUUAGAUGAUUUCUUACAAGACCAACUGUAAUUUCAAUUGGUAUAAGUUAGUUUUAAUGAAUUAUUAUUUCAUUCUCCUAGAAAAAAUUAAGUCAACAUGGUUAGAAUUUUUUUUUUUUAAAAAAAAAAAAAAAAAAAAACUGAAGUGCAUGCGUGUGCCACAAAAUGCGCUGACUAAAAGCCAUGAAAUUUCUCAAAAUUCUUGUGUCAUAAGCUUACCUUCAAAAUAGUUAAUAUGGAUCUUAACUGAAAAUCCUUCUCAUUCUCUCUCAUCUCUCACAAUCUCAUUUUCGCUAAAAGUUUCAUUUUUUUGCAGACUCAAUCGUCGAUUAAUGUUGCAGUAUUCACUUGAUUUCUAGGGUUUUUAUUGCGAUAAUUCAGCGGUAUUACAUUGAGCAUUUGACGCAAAUAUUACAAAAGAGAAAGAUAAGGAAAAAAGAAAUUGAAGGUAAGGUGGGAGGUUGCUAGAGAUGUCAUCGUCAAAUUCACCAUGUGCGGCGUGCAAGUUUCUAAGAAGGAAAUGUACGCAAGAAUGCGUGUUUGCGCCAUACUUUCCUCCAGAUCAACCCCAGAGAUUUGCUAAUGUUCACAAGGUGUUUGGUGCUAGCAAUGUGGCGAAGCUCCUGAACGAAUUGAAUGCCGCACAGCGGGAGGAUGUGGUGAAUUCGUUAGCAUACGAGGCGGAGGCAAGGCUGCGUGACCCCGUGUAUGGUUGUGUGGGCCUCAUCUCCCUCUUGCAGCAACGACUGAAGCAAGUUCAGACUGACCUUUAUACAGCUAAGAAAGAAUUAGCCACUUACGUUGGGCCGUCUGCACUUAUGCCUAUGAUUCAACCCAGUUAUGCCAACCCAGCUUCCACCUCGGCUGUUAAUGUGAUGCAGCAACAGUACAAUAUGGGCCCCAUGAUGGGUAUUCCUACCGGGGUUGUUGCAGGCCCAUCUCAUGGUGGUGGUGGAACACAGUUGGUAAUCAGAGAUGCUCAGCAACAGCAGCAGCAAUUAAUUGAGUCGCAGCAGCUGGCGGCAUUGACUGUGAAAGAUGAGCAGGAGAUGAUGAGGAACUGGGAACAGCAGCAGCAACAACAACAGCAGCAGUUUAUGAGGUUUAAUGGUAGCAGUGACUUGUACGAGGGGACAAUGGUUGUAGGUGGUGACGGAGGUGAGUUCAAUCAAGUGGGGUCUGCAUCGGCAGCUACAUCACCGUCGUUGGCUCUUGGGGCGACCACAUUUGAUCACAAUGGGUAUAAUCAUAUUCAAACACAACAGCCUCAACAAGGAGCUGAGUCACUAGGGCAGCUAUUGCUUCUUCAGCAGCCAGUAACAACCCAACAACAGCCAGGAAUGGGAGAAGUGGCUCAGGGGAUUCCUCAUCAUGAAAAUAAUCAGCAGCAGCAGCAAGGUUCUAUUAGUCAUCAACAUCUUCUUCACCAUCAUGAACAUAAUCAGCAGCAGCAGCAGGCCGGAAGCGAAUAGGGUAGGACUAUUGUUCCUGCUUGUUAGAGAGGAGACACUUAAAGAAUACUCAUUUUGGUGUUCCUUUGCAUAUUUUUUUUUGCUUUUAGUAGUUCCUACAAGCUCAACUCUUCAACAAACUGCAGUCCCAAGCUCAGUUCGUGCAUGCUUAUGAACUCCAACAUCUUAUUUAUACAAGGAAGAGAUUAUUAUGACAGUGGAAAAGGUGAAAACAGUUAGUGGUUGAGUAUCUGUUUGGUUGGAUAGAAAACAUUUUUAACGAGAAAUGAUUUCCAGAAAAAUUCUUUUUUAAACAUACAAUUGUAGAUUUGUUUUCCUUAGUUUACCUCUAUGCAUAGGAAUCUAGAAGUGCAAAUGAAACGAAGAAGGAAAGAGGAAGGUGAGGAUGGAAAGUAUGGAAGUUAGAUGUGACGCGCCUUCUUUAAAUAACGAAAAUGUUUUCCAAUCCUUGGAUGAACUACUUUCUUUCAUUUGGAAAAUUAUUUUCCACCCUUUAGAAUGAAAAUAAGGCAUGGGCGAAGCCAGGGGGUUUUGACAGGGGCCAUGGCCCCCCUCCCCUUGUCAAAUUUCUAUAGAAAAGUGGUGAAAAUCUCGGCCCUCCGAACUUGCGAUUAGUUAUAUUGGCCCCCGUAGCUUAUAUCGGCCCCCCUAGCUUAUGUGUUCAUAAGGGAAUCACUUUUUAGAAAAUUUGUUUUCUUUCCAACCAAACACUCGUUAAAUAUAUGGAGCCGGAUUAUGAUUGUUUUUCCUUUUAGUAAGCCUAUAGUUUGUUUUUUUUUCCUUUAAAUGUUUUUCUUUUUUGAAACUUUUGGGUGGGAGAGAAGACCACCCAAAAAGUGUUGGUUUUUUUAUUAUGGGUUUCUUAUUUUGGAGAGACACAAUAGUAAAGAUGUUGUUUGUUCAUGAGA